UAGGAGGAGGGCUGUGUCUGGUAGGCGUGGCACGGGGAGUGGCUGACCUUCAUGCUGAGAGGUCACGGAGGAGAAGACCCAUGGAUGAGGGUAAGGAGGAAGGGAAGAGGUGGGGAUACCAUUGGAUGAGGGUAAGGAGAGGGUGACAGGGAAGUAAUGGAAGAGGGAUCCCCGUCUCAUUCAGAAUUGAAUUCAAAACACUCCUGCCGACAUCCCAGUACAUCCAUGGCAAUGCCCCUCCAUACCUCAAAGAUCUUCUCGUAUCCCAUAGCCCCGCCCGCAACCUCAGAUUGAGCGAUAGCCUGUUCUUCCACGCCCCCAGGACAAAGCUCCGCUCCAUGGAAGAUCUGGCUUUCUGCUCGACCGUUCCCCGCCUCUGGAAUGCACUUCCAGACCACCUGAAGGCACCACAGACUCUGGGCUCCUUUCAAACGGGCCUUAAAACCCUUCUCUUUAGGAAGGCCUUCUGUUAGUAAUAGCUGUGUUAUAGCCUUGUUGUCCUUGUUCCUUGUAGCGUCAGCUGUGUUCUUUGUGUCAGUUGCCCUGUCUAGUUGUGUCCUUAUUUUGUCUAUGUCUGUUGUUUUUAUUUAUUUUCAUGCAUUCACUGUAGCAAAUUGAGAUUGGUUUUCAAUGAAAAGCGUGUUACAAAUUCAAUGAUUUAUUAUUAGUGGAGGCAGGGGGAGAGAGCGGUGAAAUAUGUGCUAUGUCCUGAUUCUCCACCCUUUUCCCGCCAGUCAUUGAUUUAAAAGCUUGGGAUUAGUGUAAGCGUUGACCGGAGGGAGUUUCUACCAUUGUAAAAUCCAUGCGUGAAAGUGUGCAAAUGCACAUUCUGGAAGAAGGGUGAAGAAUUGGGACUCAGCCAUGGUGAAAGUCUAUCUGAUAGGCAAGAGGGAGCUAUCACUGUAUUGCUUCUACCUACUAACUUUAAUUCUCUCAGGUCAUCAUGAGUGCCUACAGAGUAGAUUGGAAUCUCCUGCUGUGUGUAAUGACGACAACAGAAGCUCUAGUCUAAUCUCUCUUUAUCUGCUCCCAGGUCAGUGUGAGAGGGAGGGGCCAGUGUUGUCUGAGGGUCAGGAGGGUGGGGUCGACCUCCACUGCAACCAAUCAGACCCCUCGGAACCAAAUCAGGUCUCUGCCGACCAAAACCAGAACCGGACGCAGACUCAACUAGAUGAUGGUCAGAGGGUUGGACGAGACUUCAUCCAACAAAACUCUUUAAACAACAAUGUGGAGGAAGAUGAGGAGGAGGAAGAUAGAAAGGUGAAGGGAGAGGAAGAUGGUGAUGAGGAUGAUGUGAUUGUGGAAGAAGAGGAGGAGGACAGCAGUGUGACUCGCGGCCAAUCACCCGACACUCCUAUGACUGACUGCUCCUUCUCAGACACAGGUAAGGUGGCACACACACACACACACACACACACACACACACACACACACACACACACUGACAGCUUGGUUUGUAAAAAUAUAUCACCUUUACUUGUAUGAGUUUUAUUUGGUUGGGUACCAUUGAUCAGGAGGAGGCAGAGGACCAGUCAAUUCUAUUAAUUAAACUGUGUGUGUUUGUGGCCAUGGUUGAAGGUCUGGGUUACUCAAUUGGCUGGGCUUGUGUGUGUGUGUGUGUGUGUGCGUGCGUGCGUGCUAACCCUGUUAAUGGGUCAGCGGAUCAGAUUUGUAGCAUACAGACCGGGUCUCACCCAAUUAAUUACACACAAUGAUGUCAGAGCAACUACAUCAGCUACAGUCGGAGACAGCUAGAGGAGAGGGGGACAGCAAGGAGGGGGACAGAAGGAGAAGAAGAGGUAGAGAGACAGGAGAGAAGAGAUUAAUAGAAAGUCUGGGAGAAGAAAGGAGGGAAGACAGUAGGGAGCCAGUGGAGAGGGAAAGUGAUUGAGAUGAGUCUGAGGAUCUAAAGCUUUGCUGUAAGGGUUUUUUCUGUUUAUCUUAUUGUCUUUUGGGUAUGGGGUCUGAGUCUGUCCCAUAACACAUACUCUCUGGACAUACCUCUUUUGGGUUUGUGUGUGUGUGUGUGUGUGUGUCUGUCGGUUCAAGUGCUCAAUGAUGCAUUAUACCAUGUAUGUUAUGUCCCCAGCAACCAAAUGAAUUUCCCACCAUGGGAUAAUAAAGGAUUUAUGGACUUAUCAGGACUUGGGAUUGCUCAAACGGAUUGUAUGGUUUCCACAGCACAGAAACACAGAGGGAAAAGUACCCAGCGUCAGUGUGUGUAAUCGUUAAUGCCAAGCUGAGGAUUUGCUCAAUCUGGCUUUUCACUGGCACUUGCUGUCUGGUUUCAGGCUUUUAUAACGGUUUAACUUUGAUGUGCUCUCUUUUUUCUCUCUCUCACUCUGUAGGCAGUCCGGUAGAGUUCCGGCCCUCUGUGUCUCCAGAGACUACAGAUCCCAUCAGCCCCAAAGCAAGAAGUCCAGACGAACCCUGCUACAGUGACCCUGUGGGCAAGACACACACCUCCACCACAGGACCCAACUGCACCACAGAACCCACCACCUCCAGCACAGGACCUACCACCUCCACCACAAGCCCCACCUGCACCACAGGACCUACCACCUCCACCACAGGCCCCACCUGCACCACAGGACCCACCACUUCCACCACAGGACCUACCACCUCCACCAUAAGCCCCACCUGCACUACAGGACCUACCACCUCCACCAUAAGCCCCACCUGCACCACAGGACCUACCACCUGCACCACAGGCCCCACCUGCACCACAGGACCCACCACCUCCACCACAGGACCUACCACCUCCACCACAGGCCCCACCUGCACCACAGGACCCACCACUCCCACCACUUCCACCACAGGACCUACCACCUCCACCGCAGAGCCUAUCCCUAGCCCUGCCCUCCUUGCCACCUUACAGGAGCUAGGGGAACGUGGCGAUCACUCCCACCUGCCUCAGUACCUCCAUCAGGUGUGUGCCCCUCCCUCUCCAUUCUAUAUAUGGUAUUUCUACCUGCCUGCGGUGUUCUCGAGUGAACAUUCCUCUGACAGCCAGGUGUGGUUCCCUCUACGUGUGGUGAGCUGUGAUUCUGUUUACCAGACUGACUGAACACACACGCACACGCACACGCACACGCACACACACACACACACACACACACACACACACACACACACACACACACACACACACACACACACACACACACACACACACACACACACACACACACACACACACACACACACACAGCCAUUACAGAGCUGGCAGGCGUGACUGGGUGGGGUAGAAUCCCUGUCGUUGUGAUACACAGCCUCACCACAUAACUCUGGAUGAAGUGAAGUGAAAACAGUGUUGUCUAUUCCCAUCUCCACCAGUAGGGGGCACUGUUGUCAUGUCUGAUCAUCGCCUCUCUGUCUACUCCCUACCUUCUUCAGACACAUUCAACUGUCUCCUGGGGCGCGUUCAGGGGGGUGCAACGUUACACAAAGUUCAUAAGAAAUGUAUUGUUCAGAACAGACAGGGCCCAAUCCCAAAUGGUCCCCAGGACCCUAUGCACAGAUCUAAGAGGAUUUGACAGGGCAAUCAAUAUGGUAAUAGCUCCACCUUGCCCUCUGAUAGGCUAGGUGAAAGUUUCACUAUAUAGCGGGCUUUCAAAGUGAGGAGUACCUCCCCAAAGGGGCAGCAGAGAGUUUCAGGGGAGGCGUGAAAGGAAAGCCAAUUCAAACUGUAUUCGGUUCUCUAAAAAUGAAUAAAUAUUACAGUGCAUUCGGACAGUAUUCAGACCUCAUUACUUUUUCCACAUUUUGUUAUGUUACAGCCUUAUUCUAAAAUUGAUUUUAAAAUAAAAUCCCUCAUCAAUCUACACAAAAUACCCCAUUAUGACAAAGCAAAAACUGAUUUAGAAAUGUGUGAAAAAACAAUCAAAUAUAUCACAUUUACAUAAGUAUUACUCAGUACUUUGUUGAAGCACCUUUGGCAGCGAUUACAGCCUCGAGUCUUCUUGGGUAUGACGCUACAAGCUUGGCACACCUGUAUUUGGGGAGUUUCUCCCAUUCUUCUCUGUAGAUCCUCUCAAGCGCUGUCAGGUUGGAUGGGGCGGGUCAACUCCUAAAAUGGCACUUGUGGCAUCAUUUUAAAAAAUGCAAUUACAACCUGAUUUUCUAGCAUGGCUUGGGCGCAACUGCAACAGAGCUUUUAAAGGGGCAGCGGAGUCUUAAAAGGGCAAUGGACAUACUUUGUAAUAGAAACAAAAAUGGAAACCUGGAUAUUCUGAAAGCCUUUGUAUUGAUUAACAUUUUCUAUUAAGUCAGUUGCAUGUUCAUUAAGUUGUGCAGAGCAUGAUUUAAGCCCAAAUGUAGGAGUGGGAGACUAACAGUUUCAUUGCAACUAUUUAUUUUACAACAGAAUGUAAUAAAUUUCUCUUUAAAAUAAUUUUGCGGGGGCGCGGUUACCUUGAUGUUCUCUGAAGGGAGGCCCACUGUCUCAGACUUUGAAAACGCUUGGCUUAUACCAAUCAAAUCCUCUCAGACCUCCACUAGCGCAUAGGGUCUAGGGCAGGGAUCAUUAACUAGAUUCAGUUUCGGCAGAUUUUUUUUCUUGAGCGGAUAGUCAGGGGGCCGGAACAUAAUGACAAAUAAUUUGUAGACUGCAAAUUGGCUGCAAGAAGCCCAAAGAGAUAUAAUAUUUGACUAAAACAAAAUAAUUUCAAACCUUGCUUAAAUUUGUAUACGACAGGGGUUCCCAAACCUUUUUGGCCCGCAACCCCAUUUUAUGAAAAACUUUUGCGACCCCCACCAUGUGAAAAAAGAGAUGUAAUCCACCAGCCAAUGUAAAAAAAAAUUUACAAUUUGGGCUAUGACAGUCUAUUACAAAUCAGUCUGAGAGUACCUUUGACAAAAUGUCAAUCUGAAGGAAGUAUGGUUUGAAGUGACUGAAAUGCAUCAGAAAGGUAUUGGGAAGUUCAGAAGAUCAUCAGGCAAUCAUUUUGUAUGCUCUUUUGUGUAGAAAAGAACAUAAUCACUAACCAUGUUUCCAUCCAACCAUAUCAUGCGGAUGAAUCACCUGACGCAUGAAAAAAGUCACGACCGGGCUGAUGGAAACAGGAAAUGCCGGUACAAUUUUAUAAAUGCCGACAGACAAUUUGUUCGUUCGACAUGGUGGGAUCUUUUUGUGUUGGUAAAAUUAAUUAUGCGAGAAAUGGUGGUAGAAACGCCUUUAUGCGCAUAUAUUGAUAUAAUAACCAUCAUAUUGAAGUAAACUUGGAGUCCUCCCACUACGACUCGGGAAAGCAUGCAGUUUAUUAGGCUACAGAUUAAAUAAAUUAUGAUGUAUCUGUAUCUGAGAGCUGUUGGCUAGACCUCAUGUGCCAAGACCAGAGUGGGCCGAUUUUCUAUAUAAUGCAACCGUUUUUGUGACAAAACCAUCAGUAGAGUUGAAAAUGCGAUGAAAACCAUUUAACUUGUAUAUUUGCAUAGCCUUUUAUCCGUAAAAAGUCAGUUAGAUGGAAACAUCUCUGGUGGGAAAAUGCGCAUAUUGUUUUAUGCAGAUUUUAGAAUAUUUGCAUGAAAAUUGUUCGCAAAUUGAAUGGAAACCUAGCUACUGAUGAUGUUCUUUUCCCCCCAGUCUUAUUUAGUGCCUGGUCUUGUCCACCCUAUUCUAAUGAGCCAUGCACGGCUUGUGGGCAUUGUAGAGGGAAACAGAAGACGAAUAUGUGUUCCUGAGAGUCUUAUCUUUCAUUGAUGAGGUCAUAAUAUUUUGUAGCUUAAACGGUUCAAAGGAUAGAGCCAUGUUGGUAGGAAGAAAACAGAAACCACUCUGUUUAUUACAAACGCAUCUAGCAGCUACCAGAGGUUACUGAUGUAACCCCGGUUCUAUGAACCAAGUGCGAUUUUAUUUAUUUUAUUUCAGUUUCUCUCGCGACACCAGUUUGCGACACGCUGGUAUACAAUCACAUAUAUAUCUCUCUAUUAGGCGUUGGAAUACUUUGGAACAGAUUUCCUAAAUUAAAAUCACUUGGAGCUGAUUUGCUGGUGUUUUUACAGCCUUUUAUGUCCCACAAAAAUAUAUAUAAACUUGGGGGGCCAAAUAAAAUCACCCGCAGGCCAAAUUCGGCCCGUGGGACACCAGUCUAGGAGGCCAUUUGGGAUUGGGCCAUGGUUAUCUGUUGGGUAGAACAGGGAAUCGUGUCAGCUCUAUUCAUUUUCUUUCUGAAACGCUCUGAAUGUUUCACCUCACUGAACAAACCCCUAUAGUAACCAACUCACCUCUGUUCACCUCUGACCUUCUCCUGACCUUCUCAACCCCUGACACCAAUCUGAUUGGUCAUUAGCUAAAUAGCACUUAGCAACCCCAGGAGUUCUGACCAACCAGAACCAGCCCUUUUUAAGGAUAGAAUGAGAGUUUAUGUUAUGUCUCCCCUGGUUGAGUUUUAAAGGGGAGCUCUCUAGGAAGGAGAUUACAUUUGAUACUGUUAUACUUCCUAUAAAAAUAUUUAGUACAUUAGGAAGUCUACUUUUCUCUUUUCUCUUGUUUUAGGGGUAGCAUGAAGAAGUCUCUGCACACUUCCAGUCAGAUGCACAUUUAUUUAAUUGUAGCUGAGCUUUCGGUCAGUUAACCUUCAUCAGAGCAUCUGUUUUAGGGGUAAAAAGAGCACCUUUGUCCGGCUGUAAUGUGGUGAAAGUUUAAACAGUUUAACUGUUUAGAGUAAGGCUUAUAAAAUAGCCCAGUGCCUCUGGACAGCAAGGCAGCAGAACAGUUAAAGCCUAUUUUCUUUCUCUCUCUCACUGCCUCCCUCGUUCACUCUCUCUAUGGCUCCCUCUCUCCCUCUCUCUCUCUCUCUUAAACACUCACCACAAGCAAGCGGAGUGAGCAAUUCAUAUUUAUGUAAAUGUAUGGUAGCUUGCAACAAAGAAGAGAGAGAGAGAGGGAUAGAGUGUCUGCGUGAAAGAGAGUGUGAGAGAGGUCAGUGGGUUAUUACCGCCUCUCACUACCGCGCUCCUGCUCUCUUUCUCUCAUGUACACACGCUCCUAUUCUCUCUCUCUGACAAACUCUCUUUCACACACGUGGCUGUUCUCUCGUUUUCUGUUUCUCUCUUCUCUCUCUCUCUGACAAACUCUCUUUCACACACACGGCUAUUCUCUCGCUUUCUGUUCCUCUCUCUCUCUCUCUCUCUCUCUCUCUGUCCCGUUUUUUUUGUCCACUUCAGUCAGCAGGAGAAGGAUAUUAACAUUCGCUAGAGAGGUAGAGUCUGUUUGUUAAACACACGCACACGCACACACACACGGACACGGACACUGCUGCUGCGUCAGGCAGGCCGUGGAGCUCGUCUUACCUCCCGUUAGCUACAGGGGAUACAGGGGAACUUUGGAAACUGCAAAUGCAGCUGUGAUCAAGAAGGAUUUGAAAGACUUUCCUGCUAUUUCCUGUAUUUUCCACUGUGCUCAUGGGGACUAGCCAUGUUUCUCGUGUGUUUGUGUGUGUUUAUCUUUAUUCAUCUUAGGGAGGGGUUUUGGGGUAAAGUGUUGCGAUUCAGCUAAAUGUCUUAUGUUACCUUGGCAUGUUCUGUCUUGGGGUCAAAGUCAUACUAGACGUAGUUUAAUUAUUAUUCAGUAUUAGGCCUGUAAGAUGUUUUAACUAUUGAUGCUACAGUUGAUGGUAGGACAGUAUGUAUUUAGUCUUUCUUGGUGGAAUACACUUGUUAGUUGUUGUAGUUGUUAUGGAUGACUAGAAUGUAAAAGCAGUGUGUACGUGAAUGUACAUGUUGUCCUUUAACCCUCUCCAUUCUGUCUCCAUCUCUGCAGGUAGCCGAGGCCUUUGUCCUCCAGGAAGAUUGUAUCCUUAUCCCUUGUGUGUGUGUGAUACUGAACAGGUGUGUUAUGUCCUCUAGGUCUAGGAAGAUUGUAUUCUUAUCAGUCAGCUCAUGUCUUUCCGGUGAAUUCCAGUGUUCUCUGGUUCAUUCUAACUCUCAGGCCAAGGCUGUGUUCUAGUUUAAAUGUACCACAACAUUCAAGCUGCAGUGUUUGGACACUGUUUGGACACUGUUUGGAUUUGAACAUCUUCUCAUUGUGCUCUUUGUUUUAGUCUUGAUCAGACACGACCACUACAGAUGGUGUGUGUGUGUGUGCACACGCACGUGUGUGUGGUGUGUGUGCGUAGUGGCUUGUUACAGAAAAGCUGUGGGCUUAUACAGAGCGCCUCAGUGCCUGUUGAAAGAGAGAGAUGCAAAGAGCGAAGCACUCAUGUUUAUGGAUGACGGUGGCUAACACAAUCCCUCUGUAAUACAUGGGAGCUCUCCAGUACACUGCUCUGUGUGGGACCGAUCCCGAGCCAGCUACAGGCACAUUUUACAUAUACAUUUUCGUCAUUUAGCAGACGCUCUUAUCCAGAGCGACUUACAAAUUGGUGCAUUCACCUUAUGAUAGCCAGUGGGACAACCACUUUACAAUAUAUCAUAUAUAUAUACUUUUUUUGGGGGGGUGGGGUAGGGGGAGGGUAGAAGGAUUACUUUUAUCAUAUCCCAGGUAUUCCUUAAAGAGGUGGGGUUUCAAGUGUCUCCGGAAGGUGGUGAGUGCCUCCGCUGUCCUGGCGUCGUGAGGGAGCUUGUUCCACCAUUGGGGUGCCAGAGCAGCGAACAGUAUUGACUGGGCUGAGCGGGAACUGUGCUUCCGCAGAGAUAGGGGGGCCAGCAGGCCAGAGUUGGAUGAACGCAAUGCCCUCGUUUGGGUGUAGGGACUGAUCAGAGCCUGAAGGUACGGAGGUGCCGUUCCCCUCACAGCUCCGUAGGCAAGCACCAUGGUCUUGUAGCAGAUGCAGGCUUCAACUGGAAGCCAGUGGAGUGUGCGGAGGAGCGGGGUGACGUGAGAGAACUUGGGAAGGUUGACACCAGACGGGCUGCAGCGUUCUGGAUGAGUUGUAGGGGUUUAAUGGCACAGGCAGGGAGCCCAGCCAACAGCGAGUUGCAGUAAUCCAGAUGGGAGAUGACAAGUGCCUGGAUUAGGACCUGUGCUGCUUUCUGUGUAAGGUAGGGUCGUACUCUGCGAAUGUUGUAGAGCAUGAACCUACAGGAUCGGGUCACCGCUUUGAUGUUAGCGGAGAACGACAGGGUGUUGUCCAGGGUCACGCCAAGGUUCUUUGCACUCUGGGAGGAGGACACAACGGAGUUCUCAACCGUGAUGGCGAGAUCAUGGAGCGGGCAGUCCUUCCCCGGGAGGAAUAGCAGCUCCGUCUUGCCGAUGGUUCAGCUUGUGGUGGUGAUCCGUCAUCCACACUGAUAUGUCUGCCAGACAUGCAGAGAUGCGAUUCGCCACCUGGUUAUCAGAAGGGGGAAAGGAGAAGAUUAAUUGUGUGUUGUCUGCAUAGCAAUGAUAGGAGAGACCAUGUGAGGAUAUGACAGAGCCAAGUGACUUGGUGUAUAGAGAGAAUAGGAGAGGGCCUAGAACUGAGCCCUGGGGGAUACCAGUGGUGAGAGCACGUGGUGCGGAGACAGAUUCUCGCCACGCCACCUGGUAGGAGCUACCUGUGAGGUAGGACACAAUCCAAGAGUGAGCAGCGCCAGAGAUGCCCAACUCGGAGAGGGUGGAGAGGAGGAUCUGAUGGUUCACAGUAUCAAAGGCAGCAGAUAGGUCUAGAAGGAUGAGAGCAGAGGAGAGAGAGUUAGCUUUAGCAGUGCGGAGAGCCUCCGUGACACAGAGAAGAGCAGUCUCAGUUGAAUGACCAGUCUUGAAACCUGACUGGUUUGGAUCAAGAAGGUCAUUCUGAGAGAGAUAGCAAGAGAGUUGGCUAAAGAUGGCACGCUCAAGAGUUUUGGAGAGAAAAGAAAGAAGGGAUACUUGUCUGUAGUUGUUGACAUCAGAGGGAUCGAGUGUAGGGGUGCAACUCUCGCUCUCUUGAAGACGGAAGGGACAUAGCCAGUGGUCAAGGAUGAGUUGAUGAGCGAGGUGAGGUAAGGGAGAAGGUCUCCGGAAAUGGUCUGGAGAAGAGAGAAGGGGAUAGGGUCAAGCGGGCAGGUUGUUGGCUGGCCGGCCGUCACAAGUCGCAAG